CUCCAAACGAUUAUUAUUACUCCUGGCAAUCCAGCGGGCGUCUCUGCGAAAGUGCCGUUUCCCCUUGUGAUGGUCUGAAAUCCUAAGGGUUUCUACAUCGACACAAUGGCAGGCUUACAGACCAAAUCCGCCAUCUCCCUCCCAUUCUCGCUCACGGCGGCCUUCCGCAACCUCUCGGUAUCGUCGAAGCGCUCUUUCUCCACGACGCCGGCGACGCAGAAAACGAAGGUGCUGCCAGACUAUAUUCCUCCGUAUCCUUUCGGACCCAACUAUUUCUUCAAGCAGUCGAAUUCCGGUCUGUACGGCGGGGCCACGAUCCAAUUUGGCAACAAGAUCUCGCAGGGCCGCAAUAAGGGCAAAACCAGGCGAUCCUGGCUGCCCAAUGUGCGGCGAAAGAAGCUUUACAGCGAAGCUCUCGAUGAGCACCUCUUUAUUAAGGUCACCCGGAAGGCGUUGCGGACGAUCUGGAAAUCCGGUGGCCUUGACAAGUAUCUGCUGGACGAUCGACCGGGGCGUAUCAGAGAGCUCGGCGUGUUUGGCUGGGAACUGAGAUGGAAAAUCAUGCAGACGCCAAAGAUUCAAGAACAAUUCCGGCAAGAGCGCAAGAAGUUAGGCCUUCCAGAGCCCCCGUCUUUUGAGGAAUGGGUGAAACAGAAGGAGGCGGAACUCAACUCCCAAGUAGAUGAACUGGUCAACAUCAAGGAACAGACGAAACCGAUCUACAACGAGAAGUUGUAUUAGGGAAGAGAGAAGCAAAAGAAGAUGGGCGGUUUUGAUGAGGAUUCUACGAACAUCAUAUCGGCCUCCGGUUCACUCAUCUCGACGUGAUAAACCCUCUUGUCCUACUAUCAUUCCAGACAAUACACUGUGGAAGCUGCAUAGAAACUGGGGUCUGUUGAAAUAUAUGUUGCCAGCGUGCUUGAAUCCUCGGGGCCUAUAAGGAAAGCUUGGUUCGUUUCAUUAUUCAUGUUAUAUCUAUUGUACUUAUAUUUUCAAUAUCAAUCAUACAUUCCUAGCCAUUGUGAGUUUCAAUACUACUCUCUUUUAGACAGCAGAG